CGAUAUUUGCCUAACACACCCAAUAAUACUGAGAAAUGAGUGAAAUCUUCUGAAAAUAUAUUUUUUCAACAGGGAAAAAACAUGAAGAAGAAAGAAAGUAAUACUAUUGUUUGUGAACCUAAAGAACUCCUGAAUCCCUCUUCCAAAGUAACAAAUUGUUGCAAAUCACUGUGGGUGAAAUAUAGUUUUCCGAAGGCGUACAUGACCAGACUUGCCGGCAACCAGCCAGUUGCAGCCAUGUCAAGGAACCCAGAUCACAACUCUCCCUCUGAGCCCAAGGAAAACAGCAUCAGCCAGAACCGUCACCAGGAGGAAAUAAUCCACAAGUUGGCUGUGCAGCUGAAAAACAUUGGAGACAGCAUCAACCACAGGAUAGUUCCAGAGGAUCUUCGAUGGGAAGGCAGAGAUGCACUGGCUCGUUUUGCCCUGGUUCUCUUCGGAGGAGCUCACGCGUUGCUGCGCUUUCUCCGGAACCACCGUCUGAUGUAAGAGGAAUGCACGUCAAGUUCUGUUUUCCUUCUACCCUCUGAGAAACACGAAUCCCACCAGCACAGAUGGGAAGAAGACCCUUCCCCGUCUCCCUCUCUUUGUACCCGCCACUGUUGGUUUAUGCCUGGUUCCUUAGAGAACUGUGGACUCACUGACCAUCUGUCUGUUCAGAGAGACUGGCUACGAGAUGUCAGUGAUUGCCGGGUGGUAGGGCCCAAGGCGCACUUAGGAGGUGCUGUGGAUGGUCUCAGUGCUCCUUGUGAGGAAAUCUUGAAUAUUUCCUUCCCCUAGGGAAACUGAACCUCAUCCUCAAACCAGAGAACACAGAAAUGGGUGUGUUCUCCUGGGCACCCCCCGGCCCCCAGGCACCCGCCACCCCGCUCUCAGUGCUCAGUCCAGAUCCGAGGUGCCCCAUUCU